AUGCGAGGUUUCGACCGUUUUGCAUUAAAAACCUGGAUUCAGUGGUUAGCCCUUGUGGCUCUCCUCUUGGAGGUCGUUACUGCCUCUGUGGAUCUUACAGAUGAAAAUUAUGGUGACGUUGAAAAUGCUAGAUGGUUUAUCAAGUUUUAUUCACCAUCCUGUCCUGCCUGUAAGCGCAUUGCUCCUCUAUGGGAAGGUAUGGCAAAGAAGUCGGAAGAGAAGGCGAAUCAAGCCAACAUUCAUAUCGGUGAAGUGAAUUGUAAGGAACAUGUCAGUCUUUGUCAAAAAUUGGAGAUUAGAGAGUUCCCUACCCUUCGAUUCUCUGUAAAUGGUGAGAAUAAACAAGAAAUAAAGUACAGUGGCUCUACUACCGAAGCUUCUCUUUUGGACUUUGUUGAUGCUCGUAUUGCCGAGGCCCAAAAAGAAAUUGACUCUGAAAGUACAGAUGUUCCAACGGAAGCCUCCAACGUCGUUAUCCCUUCUGCACCUAGUCUUACAGUUUCUACAAGUUCUUUAUCACUGAUAUCUACUCCUACUGCGUCUAAGAGCUCUAGUGACGAUUUCACUGAUUUGCACAUGGCACAAGUUUCUCCCAAAGUUUCUUCCAUAAGCCAUACCUCUGCUCCUUUGGCACAGUCUUCCUCUGCUAAAGGAAAAGGCAAUGCUGAAGGCAAAAUGACCGCUACUUCAGUAUCUGCGUCCUUACAGUCACUUACCCCCACAACAUCUGAAGCUACCUAUGCUAUCCAAACUGCUCCAGAAAUUCCUUCCGAAGGAGGAGAUCUCUCAGUGCCUUCCGAUAAAGAUGUAGAAAAUUCCAGCCAGCCCAUUUUCAAUCCUGCUGGACGUUCCAAGCCGCUAGUUACCCAAGAAGACAUCGAUGAUGCCUUAUCAAGUGACGUUGGCUGGUUUGUUCUUUUUUUCUCUUCUGAUUGCAAAGAUUGUCCUAAUGUAUCUAUCAAUUGGAAUGCAAUGGCUGGAAGAAUGAAAAAUAAACUCAACAUUGGACAUAUUGAUUGUAGCAAGCAAAAACUUAGCUGUAACAACAAGGUUCAAAAAACUCCUUCUUCAUUCUUUUUCAAAGGAAAUGAAUACGUGGAAUAUUUUGGUCUUUUUAAAGUUGGUGAUCUUACUAGUUUCGCCGAAGAAGCCGCUAAUUUCGAGAUCCGUGAAGUCGAAUUUUUUGAUACAACGGAAAGUGAAAAACAUGGGGACGUCUUCUUUUUGUAUUUCUAUGAUGACAAGAGUGUUGAUAGCCUUGCCACCAUUCGUAAAACAGGUAUCCAACUCCUUGGUCAUGCCCGACUUUACCUUACAAAAUCUCAACAACUCGUGAAGAAGUACAAUGUCAAUAGUUUUCCGAAGUUAAUUGUCGUUAAAGAUGCCACUCCUAGCUAUUAUCCUACUAGUGUAGCAUCUGAUAUUACCGAUUACAGAAGGAUUUUGAACUGGAUGAAGAAUAAUUGGCUUCCAGUUCUUCCCGAACUUCAAACAUCUAACUCCGAUGAAAUCGCCAAUACUGAUACUGUCGUUCUAUUUCUUUUAGAUCCAGACUUGCCUGAUUUUCCUGAAACUAAAGCUACCGCUCGAACGAUCGCCUCGGAUUGGUUGAAUAAAGAGUCUCAGGAAUACCAGAUGGCUUGGAAGGAAGAGACCGAUAAAAAGAAUGCUCAUUUGAACAAAGCUGAGGAAAAGAACGAUGCAGAAGCCUUGGAGGCAGCUCGUAAUAUGAAUGUCAAGCAUAAACCUGCUUCUAAACGAUUUGCCUGGGUAAAUGGAAAUUAUUGGGCAAAAUGGCUUAAUAACUUCAAUUUCGAUAUUAAAAACUCCGGACCAAGAGUGGUGUUAUAUGAUGCCGGCAAGAACCUAUACUGGGACACAACUGCUAAAGGUGAGCCCAUUACUGUCAAGACUGACGUGGUUUUCAAGUUUUUGAAGGAUGUAGAGACUAAUCCCAGCUCUUUAAAACCUAAAAUGUUAAAAGAGAAUGCUGGCUUAGAAUACUUAGCUUCCUACGGUUUGGAUAAACGUGCGUUAUACUUGAUCUGCGGUGUCGUUUUACUUGGUAUCAUUGUUUCAUUACUUGGUGCAAGAAGGAUCAGAAGUCUUGAGCGCCGACACCGUUCUUCGCCCAUUUUGCCCAUCGCAACAAAGAAUGCGGGUAAUACUGGAAAAUUCGAUUAA